AAGCAUUUUCAAACGUGAACAGCUGCCUUUCGCAUCGCGGUUUUAAAAAAUCAGGAAUUUUAACAGAAUCUAUAAACAAAAUCACCGCAAGAAUGGAAAACGAAAAGGCCACCCAGCUUCCAAUCGCCCGGAUUCGAACCAUGAUGAAAACUUCGCCCUCAAUCGGACAGAUCGCCCCCGACGCGCUGUUUGUGGUUUGCCGCGCAGCUGAAAUGUUCAUCGGCUACAUCACCAAAAACGCCCACAAGAAGGGAACCAAAGCGCUGGACUACAAAGACCUGGCGGCGUACGUAGAGGGGGAGGACGUGCUGGAAUUUCUCGUGCAAAUUCUGCCCAAGAAGAUUACGGUUCGCGAGUACAAGAAGCUGUCGGCCGAACGGAAGGAUGAAGACGAUGACGACAGCAGCAGCAGCAGCAGUGAGAGCGAAAGCAGCGAGGAGGAGUCUGGCGAGGAGGGUAGCGGGAGCGACGAGUCUGGCGGCGAGGAGUCCGCGGAUGAGCAAGAGGAUGGGGCCGGAAGCGUCAUCUCGAUCGAUUCGUCCAGCUCGGAUGAGAAGGAGAAUUCUAAGAAUAUGGGAAAUAAGAAAUCGCCGCAGAAGCACAAGACUGGGGAUUCGCCGUAGGAAGUAUUUUUGUUUGUAAUCGGAUUGAAAUUAAUAUAAGAAUUUUACCUAAUGAUCA